AUGGAAGCUAUAGAUAAGAUCAGAAUGAUGAUUAAGAUAGCUGAAGAUCGGAAGCUAAAACCAAGAUUUAUCGACCCAUUUGAGAUCCUUGAGAAGGUUGGAAAUGUCGCAUAUCGUUUGGCACUAUCACCUGAGCUAUCGGCAAUACAUAAUGUAUUUCAUAUUUCUAUGUUGAGAAAGUACAUUCACGAUCCAAGUCACAUGAUUAAUGCUCAAUCGUUGGAUGUGCAGAGUGAUAUAACUUACGAAGAAGCACUUGUAAUGGUUUUAGAAAGGAAGGUACACAAUUUGAGAAAUCGAGAAGUGCCAUUAGUUAAAGUCCAAUGGAGUAGACAUGGGAAGGAUGAGGCUACAUAG